UGCACAGCGGGGUUUCAGGGGCAGAAAACCAGGAGCGCUGGGGCUGCUGAACAUGGAGUGUCGGCUCCUGUGCGGAUUUAACGCGGUUGUGGACAAACUGUGAGUUUUGUUGGAGCGAAAAGAUUUUUUCUUUUCUUUUCUUUUUUUUUACUUUGUUUCUUUUCGCGUUUGACUCUCACAUCUGCAAUGAUGAUGCGGGCUGCGGACCGGAGCAGGACCGCCGCGACCGUCCUACUCUGCCUUUUUGGAUACAUUUCCUCCAGAGCUGCCGCCAAAACAUUACCGGAGGACACGUCCACCCAAGAUGUGACGCUGAAGGUUCACCUGAGCGACGCCAGCACCCACCAGCCCCUGAAUGGAGCCACCAUACAGCUUUUCACCAACCACACGCCUGUAACCACGGAAACCUCAUCAGCUGACGGCAACACCUACCUGCACUUCCCCUACCGCCUCGGCACGCCGCUGCUCGUCAUCGCUACCAAGCAGGGAUACGUGCCAAAUUCUGUGCCCUGGACUCCCUCGAGACUCCCUGUCUUUUCCUCCAUCAGUUUGGACCUGCUACCAGAAAGAGCUGCAACUCUGACGGUGUACGAGGACAAGGUGGAGAUAGUUUCAGGCUUACAAGGUUUACGAGGCCAGCCCAGCAUUCACUUCCUCCGCAGAGCGCUCAGUCUUCCUUCCAACACGUCCUACACCAACCUGACCGCCCUGCUCACCGUGGCGAGCUCCCCUUCGCACAUCCAGCACUUUCCCCACCUUCAGAUCUUCAGAGGCAACGGCACAGGCACGGGGAAGUUUGAGCUGACUCCUGUUGCAGCGAUCUCUGUUCAUCUAUUGGCCAGUGAUGGAGCGGAGCUGCAGGUGAACGGACCAAUCACAGUCACCGUUCCCCUGCCGGCCGACAGUGGCCUGAAGGAGAAGGAUCACAUACCCGCCUGGAGAUUUGACCCACGUUUGGGUGCCUGGAUAAAGAGCAGUUUGGGUGAUGUGCAGCGGGAAGGGAACCAGCUCAGUCUGACCUUUAUUGCUCCUCAGUUGGGUUACUGGGUAGCCGCCAUGUCCCCCCUACACUCGGGUCCGGUGGUCGCAAAGGACAUCAGCACAUACCACACCGUGUUCCUGUUGGCUAUACUGGGAGGCAUGGCGCUCAUCCUGCUCUGCUUGCUCUGUCUGCUGUUGUACUACUGCAGACGUCGCUGUUUGAAACCAAGAGGGUCUCAUCGCAAGCUCACGGUCUCCUCCGGCCUGGACAGCAGCAAGAGGGACCAGGCCACCUCCAUGUCCCACUUGAACCUCAUCAACAAUGAGGUGCAUCUGGAAUUUGUUUCCACGGCGACUGAGCCCGACAUGACCACACCGAUGCUGAAGCCUUCCUCGUACGAGCACCAAGACAAUCAACGUCAGCACAGCUUAAUCCAGCACAGCAAACACAGCCGCUCCUCCCUCGGCAACAGCCUGGGCAACCUGACGCCGCGCAGCAGAGACUACCGGCAGUCCGCCGAGACGUUCCAGCUGAAGGCCGCGCUGUCCUCCGGACCUGACCGGGGCUACCGGCAGUCAUACACCUCCGUCUGCUCGUCCAGCAACCAGAUUUCAUCCUCGACAAAUCACGGGCAGCUGUCGGCCACGCAGCUGAGCAGUGUGGGGAUCAUCGACUGCAUCUCCCCUUCUUCUCCUCCUCACUCCCCCAGCAGAGCGGAGGGAGGCGAGUGCAGGGCUCCCGACUACCUUCUGUCCCGCUCCGUUGACCAUCUGGAGCGCCAGGGCCCUCAGACGCUGUCCCGGCCCGGCCAGCUGCUGUGCUGCGGCUCCGUGGACCUGCUGAGCGGAGGCGAGGGCUACCCGCGGGUGCGUCCCACGCUGGUGAUCCCGGCGCACUACAUGCGCCUGCCGGGGGAGCACCCCCUGUCCGGUCAGGCCCUCCUGCUGCAGACCGACCAGCAGAGCGACUUGGAGACCAUCCAGGCCGAGCUCAAUGCCUCGCAUUCCCAGCAGCCCCUGGGACAAACCCCCACGGAGUGCAGCGCGGGUCCGGCCAAGCAGGGUGACGGCGAGCGCCUCGUCCUGCCGGAGUCUCUGUCCAUCCCGGCGGCUCUCGGGGAAACGGCGCUGGUGGAGAUAAACAGUGAGGACACGCUGCUGGCCGAAAAGACGUUAAUGGAGCUCAGAGGGGGGAAGCCGCUGCCUCACCCACGAGCCUGGUUUGUUUCCCUGGACGGACGCUCCAACGCUCACAUCCGCCACUCCUAUAUUGACCUCCAGCGGGCCGGGUGCCAAAGCAACGCGCCGGGCGCGGGAGGCCAGCAAGGUAACGGCAGCGGGGGGAGGCACGGAAACGGGAACGACGCCAGCUUGGAUUCUGGUGUGGACCUGAACGAGCCGAGGGCGGGGCGAAGAGGCCGGGACGCGGAGCGGGAGGACCGAGACGCACCUAAGAGCGGCGCGCCGGCGACGGCCUACACUCAGCUGGUGUAUGUGGACGAUCUGGACGGGGGCGGCAGCGAGGAGGAGAAGUGCAGCCCGCAGGACAAUACAUCCCAGACCAUCCUGUCAGACAAAGCGGAGGGCAGCAGAGAGGCUCGGGGAGACGCGGAGGAGAAAAUAGCAGAGGGAGUUCAAAUAGCAGAGGAGCCACCCUCGCUCUCCUCCGCCUCCCCGGCCUCUCCUCCUCCUCUGCCCACACCGGAGGGAGUGACUUUCAGGACUGAUCACACGCUGCUGUCAGUCUCCCCGGAUGAUGAGGCAGCGCAGGAGGAUGCAGAGGAGAAGAAAAGCCCCUGGCAGAGGAGGGAGGAGCGACCCCUGCUGGCCUUUAACCUCAAGUGAAAGGAGAGAUUCAUGUUUGUUUUUGUUUUUCCAGGUUUGUCUCUGCGGCAGUCCAGCCCUCAUUCUGUGCUUCCAGUGAAGUGUAAUGGUUUUAUUUAAUCCAGCGUCAAAGAGCAAAGUCAUCACAGUACAAUCAGAUACGAAGAACCAUUGAGGAAAAAUGAAACUUAAGCUUUCCCGAAAACGAAGACAUAUCUUCACAUAAUCAAGACGUUUUAAACGGAGAAAGGAGACAGUUGAAGUGGAGACAUCUGAGGCAGUGUUACUUGUGAGAUUACAUAAUUAUUUACUCACUUAUCACCACAGUAACAUGUUUUUAGUGUUCCAGGUGAGACUUUUAUAGGCAAAUGCCGAUAUUAUUUUUUGGGAGAAAUCUCAAAACUCUCACUUUAGAUCAUUUUCUGUAUAACUAUCGUGAAAACAAGAACUGCUCCUACGUGAAAAGGCCUCAUUUUAAUGCAUGCAGUUUAAUGAAGUGGAGGUCCAUGCUGUCUCACUUGAAUUAUUGAUGCUGCCUCAGGGUUGUACUGAAAUCAAGGCAUUUGGAAAUGUGAGAUAUUUUGCAGGAAUUCCAACACAUUUCACUAGAUUGAAAAAAAAAACACGUGAGCUUAGAUUUGUAGUGGUAUGUAGUCAAUCUUUUAGUGAGAUAUUGGACAAGAAAACC